CCCAUCUGUGGCAUCGGUGGCCGCCUCCUCCUUGCACCUCCUCGCCGACCCCUCCCUCCCGGGACCUGCAUCCCGCUCCGCCAAUCAGAGUCCGACUGCCGCUUCCCACGUGACCCCGGGCGGGCUAAGGACCUGCUGCUUCCCAAACGCCAGAGGGAUGCGGGCGGCAGAGCGCGAGAGGCGGCGGCUGGGUUGCGGGGCGCUGUGACUGUCCCUCCACCCAGUCUAGUCGCGCGCCUCUCUCCUGCCCGCUGGCUGCCUCCUCUCUGCCUCCUGCUUUCUGUCUCCUGUCCCUCCUUUGCCCCAACCCUGUUCCUUAUGGCAGCAGUUCCCCGCAUCUGGGGCGAAGCUUCUCAGCGGACUAUCCUCUCGCUCCCGGGACUGAACCGGGUUACUGGAUGUUGCUGAAACUCCUGAGAUCAUGCGCUCCUUUGGCCGCAGCCCCAGAGCCGGCUGUCCCUGCCGCCGCCGCCUCCUCUGCUGCCGUGGUCCGCGGGAUGCUCAGUAGCCUGCUGCGUGGCCCCCGCGAUCCCGUGUUCUUCAGAAGCCUUUGGUUGCUGCAGAGUUGCGCGAAGUAGUCAUGGUGCUGUGGGAGUCCCCGCGGCAGUGCAGCAGCUGGACACUUUGCGAGGGUUUCUGUUGGCUCCUGCUGCUGCCGGUGACGCUGCUUAUCAUAGCUCGCCCGGUGAAACUCGCUGCUUUCCCUACCUCCUUAAGUGACUGCCAAACGCCCACCGGCUGGAACUGUUCCGGUUAUGAUGACAGAGAAAAUGAUCUCUUCCUCUGCGACACCAACACCUGUAAAUUUGACGGGGAAUGUUUAAGGAUUGGAGACACUGUGACGUGCGUCUGUCAGUUCAAGUGCAACAGUGACUAUGUGCCUGUGUGUGGCUCCAAUGGGGAGAGCUACCAGAACGAGUGCUACCUGAAGCAGGCUGCCUGCAAGCAGCAGAGCGAGAUACUUGUGGUCUCGGAAGGAUCCUGUGCCACAGAUGCGGGAUCGGGAUCCGGAGAUGGAGUCCACGAAGGCUCUGGAGAAAGCAGUCAGAAGGAGACGUCCACCUGUGACAUCUGCCAGUUCGGUGCGGAGUGUGAUGAAGACGCUGAGGACGUCUGGUGUGUAUGCAACAUUGACUGUUCUCAAACCAACUUCAACCCCCUCUGUGCUUCUGAUGGGAAGUCUUAUGAUAAUGCAUGUCAAAUCAAAGAAGCCUCAUGUCAGAAACAGGAGAAAAUUGAAGUCAUGUCUCUGGGUCGCUGUCAAGAUAACACAACCACAACCACUAAAUCUGAAGAUGGGCAUUAUGCAAGAACAGAUUAUGCAGAGAACGCUAACAAAUUAGAAGAAAGCGUCAGAGAACACCACAUACCUUGCCCAGAACAUUACAAUGGUUUCUGCAUGCACGGGAAGUGUGAACAUUCCAUCAACAUGCAGGAGCCAUCUUGCAGAUGUGAUGCUGGCUACACUGGCCAGCACUGUGAGAAAAAGGACUACAGCGUCCUCUACGUCGUGCCCGGCCCCGUCCGAUUUCAGUACGUCUUGAUUGCAGCGGUGAUCGGAACGGUUCAGAUUGCUGUCAUCUGUGUGGUGGUCCUCUGUAUCACAAGGAAGCUCAUCUGAUAGAGGAACCCAGCAAAUCAGAACCCUCGGUGUGAAGUACGAGGUGAAAGAAGCUAAUGAACCUGUAACGGCAAUAGCCUCACUAGUUGCUCUGUGAAGCAGAGAUCAGAUUUUCAGGCCAUGGGCAUCACAUCGCUGUGUCUGUGCAUACAGCCUCUUGAAGGACGCUCAGUCAAGUCACGGGCUUCCUCUACAACCAAGAACAGCUACUGGAAAACAUGAUUAACCGCCACUUCCACGAUCUUUGGGACAGCCCCACCCCCACCCCCAACAAAUGUGGCUUCUGGUGCCUGUGGAGGGGUCGCCAAAAACAUGUGCAUUCAGCCAAGUGAAGAAUUUCACACUUAACCCGAGCCGUGACUGUGAGUACUUCCAACUUCCAGCAGCUUUGCAAGCCUUAUAAUUCUGUUAUUCUUUAAGGAGUCCCUAUUAAAUUCUAAAUGCUUCAGAGAUUAAAAGGGUAUAUGAACGGUAUUAAAAAUUUGAGAUCAAAUGGCAUGCCUCGCAGGGUAUCUUUGCAUUUAAUGAAAACAUUUCCAUCACAGGUCUAAGGCUAUUAUGACAGAUCUUCAUUUCAGAAGUUGUAAGAUUAUCUUAUUUUAAUUAGAAGAGAUGGAGCAAGUAUAUUAGAGUAAUACAGUUAAAUAUAUUCAUCAACUCCUUGUCAGUUAAAAGGCCUCCUUCAGACUUGGUUAUGGCAAUGUGCUAUCGCAGGUGUGAGCAGAAUUCUGCAUAGACAUUCAAAAUGACUUCCAGAGAGGCUAAGAUGAUGAGGCUGUUGUUUUCUAAGGAGCCCCUCUAUAACAAUACAUAAUCCUGAGCAAGAGCGGCGCUGCCCCACACAAUAUCCACUGUCAAAUACAACGACUGAGCAUUCUUGUUGUGUCUAGUUUGGAAUGAAACAUUAUUUCACAUCAGUUAUUUGGGUUGAAUAAAACGCACUAUUAAAGCCACCCUCA